AUGUCCACCCAGCAGUACAAUCCCCCACUGCUUUUCGUGCACUCCAAGCCUAUCUCCCUUAAACCCGCAACAAACAAAUCACACGACUCGCGUAUUCUCUUCCUGUUUUCCUUCAAAAAUUCCCGUGUGAACCUCUUAUCCGAGAGCAUCGGCCCCAGAAUCCUCUGGGUCAGGGUUGAAAGUGAUGAAAAUCGAGUCAAUUUCCUGGACGCGGCUAAAACAUUCUCGUUGUACGAGUAUAUAACCCCAACUCUAAAGCCCGGGAUGCAAAUAUCCUUGGAAAGGCCGUACACAAUGUGGACCCUGUCCUUGUCAGCAUCCUCCGAGUCGACUAUCUCGGCCAUGCUCACAAAUUUCGAGGAGAUCGUAAAGCGUGUCCCGACUAAGCAAGUUUCCGAUGGGGUUGGAUGGGUUGGUGAGGAGAAUCCCACGGACCUUCUGACCCCGUUUUCUGGCCUGGUUGAAAGUUUGCUCGAGGGCCGAACAAGGAAGGCAUUCCCUUGGUCAGCCAGACAAAACGUUAGUAUCUCAAGUGCAGGAGUUGCACCACAAGUCAAUAUCACACGUGAAGGGUCGAAAGAUACUGUUCUUCCCAUUACUUCAGUCAUGAAAUCAGCCAUUGCCUGCAACAGUCGGGUAUCUUAUACGGAAAAUAGUGAAGAUUCACUUGAUACUUGCACCAGUUGGACCCAGUCACUUUAA